GCAAUAAAAACAUCGUUUUAAUUAAACUACCAGUACACAUGCAGCUAUCGAGCUGACUAAUUAUCUUAAAGUCAGUCUGAGUUUAGACAAAUGGUGAUAGUUUUAAGAUGUUUGUGCCCAUUUUAUUACUGCUUGUGUGUACCAGUGCACAUGGGCGAGUAGCUGUACAUAUAGAUAAAGUACUAGAUAUAGCUAGUAACCUCAUUGAUGAUGUGAAACUUAAAGUAACACCAUUAAUAGAAAAAACCACCGAAGCCACUACAAAAGAUUUAAAUGAAAUCAAUGAAUCAAAAAUAGAUCAUACUGCUGUGGAAAUAGAAAGUAAUACAACUGCAACGAAUUCAAGUAAUAUUGUUAACAUUGACGAUAUUAUUUUGAAGACACCUCUAGACAUAAUAACCUCAACAGAGAAAACGAUUGAAUCAGAUGUAAACAAUAUCAUAGAAGAUGACAAAUCAGAAAAGAUUCAGAAAGCUGAUAAUGGAACUGCGUUGAUUCUAACGCCUCUCAUCGAAGAAGGGAAAAUAGAUGAAGCAAGAAUAGCAUCUAAAGUUGAUCCUAGUCUAUUCUCGGGUGUUAAAAGUCAUUCAGGAUUCCUCACAGUUAAUAAAACGUAUGAUUCAAAUACAUUCUUUUGGUAUUUUCCUGUGGAGAACAAGCCCGUGAAUGAAACUCCUUGGAUUAUUUGGCUGCAAGGGGGUCCAGGAGCUUCCAGUCUAGCAGGACUUUUCGAUGAAAUUGGUCCUUUUCUUAUGGAAAAUGGAAUUAUCAAAAAACGUCCCCAUUCUUGGAACCACAAUCACUCUCUUGUGUUUAUUGACAACCCAGUGGGCACUGGCUUUAGUUUCACCAACCAUGUUGAUGGACUUGCAAAGGAUAUGGAAACUUACUCCCAGCACCUGUACACAGCAGUGCAUCAGCUGCUGCAGUUGUUCCCCGAGCUGAAGACAGCGCCGCUGUAUGUGGCUGGAGAGUCGUACGCCGGCAAGUACGUGCCUUGCCUCGCCUUGGAGCUGCACCGUCAUAGAACGGACGGGACCCUGGACAUUAACUUGCAGGGGCUAAUCGUUGGUAACGGCUACGUAGAACCUUCGGUACUGACCAAGUUGACGCAACCUUUCGCCAGCUUUGGCCUGCUGGUGCCAGAGCAACUACAGAUGAUCGAACCCUUGGUUGAUUCGUUCACAAAGAACAUAGCUUUAAAUAAGAGUUCACGGGCACGAGAAGAUUGGAACAGAUUGAUCAUGACGAUGCUGUACCUAGCUCGUCAGAAGCAUGCUUACAACUACCUUCAGGAAAACCUUCCACUGGGCAAAGAGUAUCAGGAGUUUGUCAAAACGACCAGAUUUAAAAGAGCUGUACAUGUCGGUGAUAUUCAAUUUACGCUGAUAAACAUUACAGUUUAUUCAAACCUUUCCCAAGAAUUCUUGGCAAGCGCGAAAGAAAAGUAUGAGACCUUAUUGGAGCAUUACAGGGUUCUGGCUUAUUGUGGAAACCUGGACCAGAUAAUGCCAUGUGUAUCGACAUCUGAAAACUAUCGAACUUGGAAAUGGAGCGGUGCUGAGCAAUUUGUCAACUCGUCUCGAAGACCUUUAGUUCUGAACCAUACUUUAGUUGGCUAUCACAAAACUGGAGGAAGAUUCACAGAGGCCAUAAUAAUCGGAGCAGGACACAUGGUUCCAUCAGAUAAACCCCAAGUAGCCCUGAGUCUUAUCAACAGCUUUACUCAUGGAGAACCCAUACCUACCGGAGCAAUAUAUGAAAAGCUAGCCGAAAGGAGUGAAAUGAGCAUAGCCGAAAACUUAAUCGCUAGAGAUGAAGAAGAAACUCCUGUCCUCAUUUUGACUCCGUAUAUAGAAGAAAAACGAAUAGAAGAAGGGAGGAAUGCAUCUAAAGUCGAUGCUUCAGUAUUCUUGGGGUUUGAAAGUUACUCUGGCUUCUUGACGGUAAAUAAAACAUAUAAUUCGAAUACUUUCUUUUGGUAUUUCCCUGCGGAAAACUCGACAGAGAAGGAAGCACCUUGGAUCAUUUGGCUGCAAGGAGGGCCAGGAGUUUCCAGUUUGACGGGGCUCUUUGAAGAGAUUGGCCCCUUGACGGUUGAUGCUGAUGGGAAUUUGGAAAGAAACCCAAAUAGCUGGCUGAAGAACUUCUCAUUAGUAUUUAUUGACAAUCCAGUAGGCACUGGAUAUAGCUAUACAGAACAUAGAAAUGGCUACGUAAAGGAUAUGGAAACUUACUCAGCCCACCUGUACACCGCAGUGGCUCAGCUGGUGCAGCUGUACCCGGAGCUGCAGAGGGCGCCACUGUACGUGGCGGGCGAGUCCUACGCCGGCAAGUACGUGCCCUCGCUGGCCUUGGAGCUGCAUCGACACAAGAUGGCCGGCGAUGUGCAAGUUAAUUUGAAGGGCCUAAUAAUGGGUAAUGCAUUGAUAGACCCAUCAAUAUUCGAAAACUUCACACAACCCUUCUAUCACAGCGGGCUCCUCAGCCCUGAAGACAUGAAUGACCUGAAGAUAUACCAGGAAAUACUCAACCAGGAGAUGAAGCUUGACAAUAGGGAUUAUAUCGGGAAACAGAAAUGGCUCAUGCUCCUAGUGGAGAUCCUGAGUCGGACCCAUCAGGUGCACGCGUACAAUUUCGUCAACCCGAAGCAGCCAGACUACUACUACACUGGCUACCUCCACCGCCCCGAAGUCAGAAGGGCGCUGCAUGUGGGCGACAUGAGGCCAAGCUACCUGAAUACGUCUGUCAAUAGAUACCUGGCACCGGAUUUCUUGAGCUCAGCCAGUGAUAAGGUUGAGCUUCUGCUGGAGCAUUAUCAGGUGCUGGCUUAUUGUGGCCAGCUGGACCACAUGGUGCCGUGUUCGCUGAAUGCCGAAGUAUUGAGAAGGUGGAACUGGACUCAUGCAGAGGACUUCAAGAGCGCCCCCCGGUCCCCUUACUACCUGCCCGACUACCAUUUGACUGGCUACGUGAAAACCGGCGGCAACCUCACCGAAGCGGUAAUCCGCAACGCGGGUCACAUGGCGGCGCGGGACCGGCCGGCGGCGGUGCGCGCGCUGGCUGCGGACUGGGCGCGCGACCAGCUGCAGUCCACCACGCUGCACAUGUUCAUGACCAAGAUCCGGGUGAUGAAGCAGAAUGGGACGGCGCUGCCAGCGGAGCUAAUAAAUUAUUAUGUUGGAUAGUU